AUGGAAGGCUUGGGCCGCUUCUCCCCGCGCUCGGUGCUGGACCCGGGCGGGAAGCGUGCGUCCGCGGCGCGGCUGCGUGGUCCCGGGGCCAGGACGGAGCCGUGCCUGGGCUCGGGGGCCGCGACCCCAGGCGAGGGGAACGAGACCGUGGCGCUCUGGCCCUACCCGCGCCGCGCGCCCACCGCGCGGCCUUGCCGGCGCAGGUGUUCCGACUCGCCAAGGGAAAGCCGAAGCCUGACCGACGUGGCCGCGAGGCCCCCGGACGGCGCCAGGAGGCCGCGGCCCCGCGGCCGACACCUGGAGGACGCCUGGGGCGAGCCCGGGCCCAAGCCUCAGCCCGGAAGCGGCGCGCACAGCCCCGCCUGGCCGCGGCAGCCCCACCUACACCCCCAAGGGCCUCAGCCCUGCCCUUCCGCCCAGGGAGACUCGCCCCCGCUUUACCCCGAGGGAGCGUACACCCCCCUGAGCGGGACCUUCGGGGUGGAGAGGGCGCAGAGCGGAGACCAGUGGGCGGUGCCGCUGUGCAGGGGUCCAGGUCACUGGUCCCAGUCCUCCGCUGUCUCGGAGAAGUCUUCCGUGCGGUCUCAAGAGUUCAGGGCGCAGUCGGCGUGCGUGUGCGCCCACAAGAGGGACGGCAGUGAUCUGCUGGAGUCGUUAGCCAGCCCGCCCUCCCAGCCCUCAGUCUCCAGCAGAGACAUUCAGAGCCCGCACACCCAGAUCCUCAAAUGCAAGCUGGAGGAGGCGGUCAUGUCCUCCAGGGACCAGAAGAUCGUGGCCCUAGUGCUGACCAGGCUCAAGAAGGCCCAGAGGAUGCGGGAGCUCCAGCAGCAGGCGGCCGUGGCCUGGGAGGAGCUGAAGCGCUCGGACCAGAAGGUGCAGAUGACCCUGGAGAGGGAGCGCAAGCUGCUUCUGCAGGAGAGCCAGGAACAGUGGCGGCAGAAGGAACAGCGCGUGCGGCGGCGGGACGGCCUAGCCAGGAGCGCUCCCCGGUCGGAUCGCGCGCGCAGGGCGCUGCUGGAGAACCCGGAGGGAGCCCGGGCCGUGGCCGAGCCGGCGCCCGCGCCCCGGAGGCAGAGCCGCGAGCUGCUCCUGCAGGAGCCCGAGAGGAUGGUGCAGGGCCUGCGGGGGCAGGACAGCCUGCAGCUGCCGGAGGCCUCUCAGCGGAAGAGCCUAAACGCCAUGGAGCCCCAGGAAAAGGCCCAGGAGGCCAACCUCAGCUCCCUCGUCAACUACCAGGCCCGGAAGGUCCUGCUGGACUGCCAGGCCAAGGCUGAGGAGCUCCUGAGGAAGCUGUCCCUGGAGCAGAGCUCCCAGCGGCCCCACGAGGCCGCACGGGGCCUGAUGAAGGAGCGCCCGCGAGAGCUGAGGGACAGGGCGCAGAAGCAGGGGGAGCAGGGGCCGCACGUGCGGCGGCGCGCGGAGGCCGCCGAGGAGCAGGCACGCGCGCACAGGCGGCUGCUGGCCCAGCUGGCCGAGCCGAGGGAGCAGCAGGCCCGGAGCAGCGUCCAGAGGAACGUCAGGGACAAGGUGCCGCACAUCCACGAGCUCAGCGUCCUGCGGGAGCAGAACCAUCACAUCCUGAAGCUGAAAGCCGAGAAGGAGGAGAAGUGCCACAUCAAGGGCAUCAAGGAGGCCAUCAGGAAGAAGGAGCAGAGGAUGGAGCAGAUCUCCCGGGAGAAAGACGCCACAUUCGAGGAGUUCCAGAAGAUCUCCAGGGCGUCCAGGAGAGAGCACGCCCGCGCGCUGGCCGGCAGCUUCCUGGACUGGAGUGUGCGCGAGGCUCCGGGCGGGCCGGGGCCGCAGGGCUGCUGA